AUGUCGGACAACGUUGUUGACAAAACACCUGAGAAGGCUACCCCUGGCUCCCUUGAAGGCACUCCUCCACCAGCCUCCCCCCCCCCAUCGACACCUCGGAAGAAGCCAGCUGCAGCUGGCAAGGCUUUGGCAAAGAGCAAGGCAAAGAGCAGCAGUAAGGCUAAGGCGUCACCAAAGAAGCCAAACCCCAAGGCCAAAAGAGACAAAGGAAGCAAUCAGGUGAUGAAGAAGCCUGCGCAACAAGGUUCCAAAGACUUUAAGACAUGGCAAACAGGUCUCGAAGUCAAGGCCGUGGAGGACAUGACCCAGGAUCAAGAAGAGGCAGAGGAAGAGAAAGACUUCGAAGACGACAAGGAGGUUGACUUUGCAAUCAGACCAGCCUCAGAGAAGACAGACCGAAGCAAGAAACAAAAGUUUCUGCAAUUGGUGUCAGCUGGCAGUCUGCCAAGCUACUUGAUCAACGAGUGGAACAAGACUCUGAAAAUGAAAGCUGGUCGAACAGAGUUGCAGCGAACCAUCAUCAACUCAGCCUUUGACCGCACUGAGUGUGGCAAACUCUUGCUCUCUUUGGCGAAGCCGGUCUUCCAGCAGAUGCGCGACAGCUACACAGACAGGAGCAGCUCGGACACAACCAAGACGCUUCCGCGCUCCUUGUUCCAAGGAAAGUUCUCCAUGGAUGACACCGUGUUUGCGCGCGGCUUGGCCGCAGGCGACUUCAUAGAAGUGCAGACAGCAGAUGGUAAGACAGCAUACCAAUGGGCCAGCUCAGAACACCGAGUCGUCAGAGGAGACCGCUCGAGUCACGGCUACAAGGCAGAGAUUGAGGGCACCCAAGAAGAUGCGGCAAAGUUCGAAAGUGUUGGGUGGAAGAAAGGUUUGUUCAUCCCCAAGGGUGACAGCUCCUCCAGUCACGCAAUCAGCGAUGCCCAGCAGCCUCUCCCACUUUGUGAUGGAUCUGCAGCCCCAGAAAAUGCUUUGACACAGGCACAGUGGGAGACAGCGCAAUCGCAAUUGCGUCCGGCAAUUGACGCGUUCGAGCAGAAGGAGUUGAUGAAAAAGAUCCAGAAGGCAAAGAACGAGCUAUCGCACAUCUACCACUUCAAAGAGCUGCCAGAUGAGGAAGGUGUUCUCACGGUGAAGAGCUACAACGCCCAAAUGCUUGAAUGUGGCCCAAAGUUGAUGAAGACUUAG